AUGUCGGACGCAACCGAAUUUAGUGCCGUUAACUUUGCCUUCUACCGCUAUGACCCGAGCAUGGGCGCCGCCGUUCUUUUCAUCCUGCUAUUUACGGCCACCACAGGCUAUCAUGCCUUCCAAAUGACCCGCACGCGCACCUGGUUCAUGAUCCCGUUCAUCCUCGGGGGUAUCUUUGAGACAAUCGGGUACAUAGGACGCGCCGCAUCCAGUCAGCAAAGCCCCAACUGGACGCUAGGGCCCUACAUCGUGCAAACCCUGUUCCUGCUGCUCGCGCCGGCCCUCCUCGCUGCCUCAAUUUACAUGCUCCUCGGCCGCAUCAUUCUGAUCAUGAAGGCCGAAUCCUACGCCCUCCUGAAGAAGAAAUGGCUCACCAAGAUCUUCGUAACGGGUGACGUCCUCUCUUUCCUUCUCCAGGGCGCCGGCGGCGGCAUCCAAAGCUCAGGCAACAUGACCACCUACCGAACAGGCGAACACAUCAUCGUCUUCGGCCUCAUCAUCCAAAUCCUCUUCUUCGGCGUGUUCAAAGUGAUCGCCUCCCACUUCUACUGGAACAUCAACCGAUCGCGAGCGUAUGGGCAUGAUAUCCCUUGGCGUAAAUACCUACACGUGCUCUACGCGACUAGCUUCUUGAUUAUGGUGCGCUCUAUCUUUAGGUUGGCCGAGUAUCUCCAGGGGAAUGAUGGGGUUUUGCUUCAACAUGAGGUGUUUCUGUAUCUAUUUGAUGCGGUGUUGAUGUUGGGGACUAUGCUUGUUUUUAAUGUCGUGCAUCCGGGUGGGAUUGUUGAAGGGUUUCGUGGUGGUUUGGUUGCGGGGGAUGAGUUCGUGGCGUUGAAGUAAUGGUCAUGUUUUGAGAGGAUGUUGGAAG